AUGUCCCACGUGGCCCUUCUCCGCCAUGGCCUCCGCCUCUUGCUGCCCCUGGCGGUGAUCUCAACUUUUUACCUAUAUCUCUAUCCUGCGUUUCUUGGAUGUGCUUUUCCCGUCCCCCCAAGCGGCCGUGCAUCAUCCGCCGGUCCGAGCGAAGUCGACGCCGCAGACACUAAACUCGCUGCCUUCCUCGAGGCAGCACGACACCACGUCUCUCUUCCGAUUCCCCUCCGGUCGACCGACGCCCGUCCCGCGCCUUUUCGUCUUCUCGCGCUCGGCGAUCCCCAACUCGAAGGCGACACGUCAAUCCGGAAACACAACGGUCCUAUCUUCCCUCACGCAAGAAGUCUUUGGUCACAUGUGACCUUUCAAUCUAGUCACUCGCUGCGCCAGCGCAUCCGUCACUCUCUGCACGACGUGAUAGACGUGUUUCUGGAGGAUGUCUUUGUCGAGCUCGAGUCGAUUCGCAAGCGUAUAGAUCUGUUUGGCAACGACUUUUACCUCGGACACAUUUUCCGGACGGUACACUGGUGGACUCGCCCUACCCACGUCACUGUGCUUGGUGACCUGCUGGGCAGCCAAUGGAUUGGCAUAGAAGAGUUUCGGCGCCGCGGCCGUCGGUACUGGGACCGUGUCGUGCGAGGCACCGAGAGAGUUCCAGACGAAGCGGCAGCGUACCCGGCCAUGGAGUAUGGUCUCACAGGCUACUUGUCGACGUCUGGCGAACCAUCCCCCGAGUGGCCGCGCCGCGUCAUCAACGUCGCCGGCAACCACGACAUUGGUUACGCUGGCGACAUCAACCAGGACCGCUUCGGACGUUUCGAGCGUCUCUUUGGCAAGGCAAACUACGAGCUGCGCUUUGAGCUCCCUGUUCCGGACCCGAAACUCAACGCCACCCUUUUGGACGAGGAGAAGAACCCCGAGUCCGAUCGUCUCCCGCCUGAGAUUCGCAUCGUUGUACUGAACGACAUGAACUUGGAUACUCCCGCCAAGGACACAUCGUUGCAAGAUGCGACUUAUGCUUUCAUCAACUCUGUCAUCGAGACCUCGGCGGCCGUCGAAUACAACGGCCAUUUCACCGUCGUGCUGACCCAUAUCCCGUUGUACAAACCCGAGGGUGUCUGCGUGGAUGCCCCAUUUUUCGACUUCCACGGCGAACACGACGGUGGCGGAGUCAAGGAGCAGAAUCUGCUGUCGGCUGAUGCCAGCAAGGGUUUCUUGGAGGGUAUUUAUGGCAUGAGCGGUAAUACAGAGGCGCCCGGUAACGGCAACGGUCGCCGCGGCGUAAUUCUGAACGGUCACGAUCACGAGGGCUGUGACACGUUCCACUACAUCAAUCAGACAGACGUAGACGAGAAUGGCGAUCGCGCGUGGCGGGUCGAACCAUGGAACAAGGCGAAAGGCCGAGGCGCUGUCGGCGCCGCUGGUGUGCCUGGCCUGAGGGAGAUCACGGUUAGAAGCAUGAUGGGCGACUUUGGCGGCAAUGCUGGUCUGCUCAGCGCCUGGUUCGAUGAGUCUACGUGGAGUUGGAAGUUUGAAUACGCAACGUGCGCUCUGGGUACCCAGCACCUGUGGUGGCUCGUCCAUAUUGUGGAUCUCAUCACUAUCGUCGCCUCGUUUGCCUACGUUGUCUUGUCUGUGCUGGAGACAAGCAAGCAGGGGCAGAUCGCUGUUGUGCCAACGAGUGUAGAGAAGAAGAAGUUGGCCCAAAACGAGGAGGCCAAGUCAUCAUAA